AGAACUGGACGCUAAGGAAAGUUAAGAUAUUUCCCCACAGCGGAAAAUGGCAGAGCUGGGAGGGGGACCCGGAUUGUGCACAGCCUGUGCUCUCAGCCACUCUUCUGUGACUUAUCUAAGCAUCAAGCCUAGGUGCUGGAGCAGCUGCUCCCCGAGCUCACAGGGCUGCUCAGCCUCCUGGACCAUGAGUACCUCAGCGACACCACCCUGGAGAAGAAGAUGGCUGUGGCCUCCAUCCUGCAGAGCCUGCAGCCCCUCCCAGCCAAAGAAGUCUCCUACCUGUAUGUGAACACAGCGGACCUCCAUUCCGGGCCCAGCUUUGUGGAGUCCCUCUUUGAAGAAUUUGACUGUGACCUGAGUGACCUUCGAGACAUGACAGAGGACGAUGGGGAGUCCUGCAAAGAAGCCACCCCUGAGCCAGCCAAGAGCCCACCUCUGAGACACGCAGCCGACUUGCCUCCACCGCUCCCCAAAAGGCCUCCACCUGAGGAAUACUAUGAGGAGGCCCUUCCCCUGGGGCCUGGCAAGUCCCCCGAGUAUAUCAGCUCCCACAACGACUGCAGCCCAGCCCACUCGAUUGUGGACAGCUACUACGAGGAUGCAGACAGCAGCUACCCCGCGACCAGGAUGAAUGGGGAGCUGAAGAACUCUUACAAUGACUCUGACGCCAUGAGCAGCUCCUACGAGUCCUAUGAUGAGGAGGAGGAGGAAGGGAAAGGGCCGCAGCCCACACACCACUGGCCUUCAGAGGAGGCCUCCAUGCACCUGGUGAGGGACUGCAGGAUAUGUGCCUUCCUGCUGCGGAAAAAGCGCUUCGGGCAGUGGGCCAAGCAGCUGACCGUCAUCAAGGAGGACCAGCUCCUGUGUUACAAAAGCUCCAAGGACCGGCAGCCACAUCUGAGGCUAGCGCUGGAUGUCUGCAAUGUCAUCUACGUGCCCAAGGACAGCCGGCACAAGAGGCACGAGCUGCGCUUCUCCCAGGGAGCUACCGAAGUCCUGGUGCUGGCACUGCAGAGCCGGGAGCAGGCCGAGGAGUGGCUGAAGGUCAUCCGAGAGGUCAGCAAGUCCGUUGGGGGUGCUGAGGGGGCAGAUGUGCCCAGAUCCCCAGUCCUCCUGUGCAAGGUGGACCUGGACAAGGGGGCUGUCUGUGUCCCUCCCCAGAGGCUGUCCCAAGAGAAGCAGACCUCGGAUUCCGACAGCAUGGGCCUGAGCGACAACUGUUCCACCCUUGGCCGCGAACACGGCAAAGGGAAGAAGAGCAGCCUGUCAGAGCUGAAGGGUUCAAUGAGCAGGGUUGCGGGCCGCAAGAUCACCCGUAUCAUCAGCUUCUCUAAGAAGAAGGCACUGGCCGAUGACCUGCAGACAUCCUCUACCGAGGAAGAGGUUCCAUGCUGUGGUUACCUGAAUGUGCUGGUGAACCAUGGCUGGAAGGAACGCUGGUGCCGCCUAAAGUGCAACACCUUGUAUUUCCAUAAGGACCGCACGGACCUGCGGACCCACGUGAAUGCUAUCACCCUCCACGGUUGUGAGGUGGCCCCAAGCUUUGGGCCCAGACACCCAUUUGCCUUCAGGAUCCUGCGCAACCGGCAGGAGGUCGCCAUCUUGGAGGCAAGCUGCUCCGAGGACAUGGGCCGCUGGCUCGGGCUGCUGCUGGUGGAGAUGGGCUCCAAAGUCACUCCCGAAGCGCUGCAUUAUGACUACGUGGACGUGGAGACCUUAACCAGCAUCGUCAGUGCAGGGCGCAACUCCUUCCUAUAUGCAAGAUCCUGCCAGGAUCAGUGGCCUGAGCCCCGAGUCUAUGAUGAUGUUCCUUAUGAAAAGAUGCAGGAUGAGGAGCCUGAGCGUCCCUCUGGAGCCCAGAUCAAGCGCCAUGCCUCCACCUGCAGUGAGAAGUCCCAUCGGGCAGACCCACAGGUCAAAGUCAAGCGCCACGCCUCCAGUGCCCAUCAAUAUAAGUACGGUAAGAACCGAGCUGAGGAGGAUGCCAGGAGGUACCUGGUAGAAAAAGAAAAGCUGGAGAAAGAGAAAGAGACAAUCCGGACAGAGCUGAUGACACUGCGGCAGGAAAAGAGGGAACUAAAGGAAGCCAUUCGGAACAGCCCAGGGGCAAAGUUAAAAGGUCUGGAAGAGGCCUUGGCCACCCUGGAAGCUCAGUGUCGGGCGAAGGAAGAGGGCCGUAUUGACCUGGAGCUGCGGCUGGUGGCUGUGAAGGAGCGCUUGCAGCAGUCCCUGGCAGGGGGCCCAGCCCUGGGACUCUGCGUGAACAGCAAGAACAAGAGCGGGGAAACUGCAAAUAAACCCCAGAACAAUGCCCCAGAGCAACCUCUCCCUGUCAAUUGUGUUUCUGAACUGCGGAAGAGAAGCCCAUCCAUUGUAACCUCCAACCAAGGAAGAGUGCUACAAAAAGCCAAGGAAUGGGAAAUGAAGAAGACCUAGAAAGAGGAUGAGGAUUUCAUCCAAAGGAGAUAACACCUUGUCCAUCCAAGGCAGAAAUGCUUUUUUCACAAAGAGACAUCAGAAGACUGGAAGUAGCCCACACUCUCUGGGGCACCCAAAAGACCAGCCUUUAUUGUCUGCAUGAUUAUAGGGGACAUGGGGAGGGAAGAAGGAGGAGAGAAGAGGGAAAUGGAGGGCAUCCUUAUAACUUUACAGAGGGUGGAAAUAGGGGUGGAGGGAGACAGAAAUCUGCACAGUCGUAAAGGUUUUGUUAAAUGUCUUUGCCUUCCCUUCUAAAGAAGAAAUGAAAGCACAUGUGAAUAAGCCAUUCCAUCCCAUUCUCAGCAUCCCAUUCCCAGUCCUCAGGAAAAAGGAAAGCAGUGCUGAGGCAUCGGUGGUACAGUAUAAAGGGACAGGACUUGAUCAGAUGAUAUCUGAUCAAGGCAAGAUAAAUAGGCUGAAAAAUCAAGUUAUCCCUAACUUGCAUGAAGUGAACAAAAACUACAGAGAUCAUGUAAAUUCUACAAUCAUUCCUCAUGAUUAUAGAAUCCUCAUGAUGCAGAAACUAGAAUCCCUGAUUUGAGUGUUUACAAAUCAGAGAUCUGGCAUCAGCAGCUGACAUACUUUAAGCUCACAGUGCUACUCAGUGACAAGAGCAUGGAUUUCUAAUGUCCACAGGAUAUUGCAGGCAUUGUAGGAUGGGGUCAUUUGCUAUCAAUCAAAUCCCCUACCUAAUUUAUAUGGCACUCAGGCUCUGGGAGCUAUGGCUAGAAAUCCAGGUGACACUCCUUGUCUUUAACCUUACCUUGCACUUGGAGGCCCACCAGUCUGCCCUUUCAUACCUGCUAUCAAGUAAAACUAUCAUGGAGAACCAAGAGGAUGGUGGCUUAUUUCUGCCACAGGGGUGCUAAACUUUUCACAGACACUUGAUAGUUUUAUAGGGGAGCAAGGACCUCAAGUCCCAGGCAGUCUCCUAACUGCGCCACUCACUACUUUCUCAACACUGUAGGCACUUUAUAGGUCUUUACCACCUUUCCCUCCAAUAAAGAUAAAACCAUUUAACUGUAUAAGCUUAGAGGUUAGCUCAAGAGGAAAGAAGAGAAAUCCCAGAAUAACCUCUGGACACUUUGCUAGAGGCUACACACACUUUUCUUAACUAAGACUUUACAUACUUGAGCCUCACCCAAACUUUAUCACCCUCUGAGGUAGCUAGAGACCAAAGCAAGUAAAAUAACCUGACCAAAAGCACCUGGCUGCCAGAGGCAGAACUUAAGACUUAGGACUAAUGAGUCUGGAUCCAGACAAGGCUGCUUGAGCCCUGCCUCUGCCACUUACCAGCUGUGACUUUGAACUCUCUGAUUGCUUUCCUUACCUGUGAAAACCAUGUUAACAAUUGUACUCUUCUCCCGAGAAUACUGGGGGAAAACCAGGUUAACAACUAUACUUUCCUCCCAAGACUACUGGGGGAAUUCAAUGAGCUGAUACACAGGAAACAUCUUGUACAGCAUCCAAGAAUAGGAAAUGUUCAGCCAUAGUGGUUCUUCUUAUUAGCUAGAUAAGAAACACCUGACUCAAAAUCCCGUGUCCUUUCCACUGAAGUAGAAAUGACUUUCAUGUGGUUAUUAUGACCACCAAAAGCUAAAAGGCAACCAAUCUAUAACUAACAGCUUUCAUCCAGAUGCCACCUGAGUG